AUGUCGUUUUGGCCGGCAACAAAACCAUCGUUCGGGGACGAAGUGGUGUUGCGUUCUAUUGAUUGGCUGGAAAACUUCCCCUGGAGAAACGAUGCAACUGUGAAAUGUGAUAAGGGUAAAUAUCAAAUUUUAUUGCACGCUAAGGAUUUUACACCAGAAGAGAUUACAGUGAAGACUAUAGAUGGGUUUAUUGUUGUGGAAGGCAAGCAUGAAGAGAAAAAAGAUGAAGAUGGAUACAUUUCUCGGCAUUUUGUGAGGAGAUACAUAUUACCAGAUGGUUGUCGACCUGAGUCAGUUGAAUCUAAGUUAUCUUCCGAUGGAAUCCUUACUAUUACCGCCCCCAGGAAACCGACUGAUGAUAUACAGAAUUAUUUGAUCUAUGUGAAUAAUUGGAGAAAAUUGUGUGUGAUUCAUAAAACUGUAGACUCAUUUCUGUGGGACAGGAUACUUUCAGGUGCAUUGGACGUAAAAGAAUGGCUAUCCGGUGACCGUAAAACGAAGCUCUGCACUGCCCGUCCUACCUGGCAAACUAUGUCUUUUCGCCAUGGCCUCUACAAGAAGACCUUCACUAACAUACGUGUGCACUUGGUGGACGUGCUUGAAGUCGAUACUAAGAAUAUGACCGUCCGCUGCGAGCCUUUAGUAACCAUGGGCCAGUUAUCUAAGACCUUAGAGCGACUUGGUUUAGCAUUAGCGGUGGUUCCCGAGUUAGAUGGUCUGACGGUGGGCGGUUUGGUAAUGGGAACAGGGGUAGAGACAUCUUCUCAUAUAUACGGCCUGUUCCAACAUAUUUGCUUAGAAUACGAGCUUGUGUUAGCUGAUGGGUCUGUAGUGACAUGCAGCGAGCAACAAAAUCCUGAUCUUUUCUAUGCAGUGCCUUGGUCAUAUGGAACAUUGGGCUUUCUUACUUCAGUGGUUAUUAAAGUCGUACCUGCGAAAAAAUACAUCCGUCUACAAUAUCACCCAUAUACAAAUUUAUCGGAUUUAGCUAAAAGGUUUCAAGAAGAAUCUACAAAAGACAAUCCUCAUCAGUUCGUCGAAGCAUUACUGUUUGCAAAGGAUAGUGGAGUUGUGAUGGUUGGUGAUAUGGUAGACUCAGUGGGCAGAGAUGGCAAGCUUAAUCCUAUUGGCGCGUGGCAUUCGGAGUGGUUUUUCAAGCAAGUCGAAAAAAAUUUGAAAAAAUGUCUUCAAGGAAACAGCAAAAAGACUAUAGAAUAUAUUCCAUUAAGAGAUUAUUAUCACAGACACACUCGCAGCAUCUUUUGGGAACUUCAGGAUAUUAUACCAUUCGGAAAUAAUGUGAUUUUCCGUUACUUAUUCGGCUGGAUGAUGCCUCCAGAGGUGUCUCUAUUAAAGCUAACUCAAACUGAGGCGGUCGCUAAAUUGUACAACAAAGCUCAUGUCAUUCAGGACAUGUUGGUGCCAGUUAAUACCUUGGAGGAGGCUAUAGAAGUGUUUCAUCAAGAAUUUGAGGUAUAUCCCAUAUGGCUGUGCCCAUUCAAAAUCUUCAGUAAACCUGGACAGUUGCGAAUCGAUUCCAGCGAGUGGCAAAUGUUCGUUGACAUUGGGGUCUAUGGAGUCCCUAAGGCUAAAGAUUUUGUUACUGAACCAUCGACUAGAAAAAUUGAAAAUUUCGUAACUCAAAAGCAUGGAUUUCAAAUGCUAUACGCGGACACUUAUACAACACUUGAAGAGUUCCGACGGAUGUUCGACCACACUCUCUAUGAUAAACUCCGUAAUUCUCUACCGUAUUGUAAAGAAGCCUUCCCUGACAUAUAUGGAAAAGUUAAUAAGAACGGUAAAAACAUCAUCAUGACGGCAGUUAAACCAGAGACUUUUCUAGAAUAUCUCAUAAUAGAAUAUAGAUGGCUUAUAGCUAUCACUAUUUUGAUGCCGGCUUCCUUCCUGUGGAAGAUUUGGUUGACAGUUAGGAACUAUAUCGUGUUUAAACUGAACAGUGCAGCAAAACACCACGAUAGAAAAGUUAAAGGAGUUCAGAGACAGAUUAAGGAAUGGCUGGCCGGUGACCGUAAAACAAAGCUAUGCACUGCCCGCCCCACCUGGCAAACCAUGUCGAUUCGCCAUGGCCUCUACAAGAAGACCUUUACUAACAUUCGCGUGAACUUGGUGGACAUACUUGAAGUCGAUACUAAAAAUAUGACAGUCCGUUGCGAACCAUUAGUAACAAUGGGCCAGUUAUCCAGAACCCUGGAACCUCUCGGUUUAAUGAUACCUGUGGUCCCUGAGAUGGACCAGCUUACCGUGGGCGGCUUGAUCAACGCAACAGGAGUAGAGACGUCUUCUCAUAUAUACGGCCUUUUCCAACAUAUUUGCGUAGAAUACGAGCUUGUGUUAGCUGAUGGAUCUGUAGUGACAUGCAAUGAGAAACAAAAUUCUGAUCUCUUCUACUCAGUACCGUGGUCAUUCGGAACACUGGGUUUCUUGACAUCCGCCACUUUAAAAGUCAUACCUACGAAAAAGUACAUCCGUCUAGAGUAUCACUCAUACACUAACUUACCGGAUUUAUCAAAGAAGUUUCGUGAUGAAUGCGUAAAGAAAAAUCCUCAUGAAUUCGUUGAAGCAUUGAUGUAUACAAAGGACACUGGUGUUGUGAUGGUUGGAGAUAUGGUGGACGAAGUGGGUACUGAUGGCAAGUUUAAUGAUUUUGGUAAAUGGCAUGCGCAGUGGUUUUUCAAGCAAGUGGAAAAUUACUUGAAUAAGUAUCGUCAAGGUCAUGGUCAAAAGGCCGUAGAAUAUAUUCCUUUAAGGAGUUAUAUAUACAGACACACUCGCAGCUUUUUCUGGGAACUUCAGGAUAUUAUACCAUUCGGUAACAAUGUGAUAUUCCGUUAUUUAUUCGGCUGGAUGAUGCCCCCAGAGGUGUCUCUAUUAAAACUGACUCAACCUGAGGCGGUCACUAAGUUGUAUAAUAAAGGUCACGUCAUUCAGGACAUGUUGGUACCUAUCGAUGACUUGGAAGAGGCUGUAGAAGUGUUCCAUAAGGAAUUUGAGGUUUAUCCCUUAUGGCUGUGCCCGUUCGUACUGUUUAACAACCCUGGACUGUUGAGGAUCGACUCCGGCGAGUCAAAAAUGUUUGUGGAUCUCGGAGUUUACGGGAAUCCUAAAGCUGAAGGAUUUGUUGCUGAAGCAUCUACCAGAAAAAUAGAACAUUUUGUAAGUCAAAAGCGUGGGUUCCAAAUGCUCUACGGAGACACAUACGUCACGUUUGAAGAGUUCCGUCGUAUGUUCGACCACACUGUCUACGACAAACUGAGAAACUCCCUACCAUAUUGUAAAGAAGCGUUCCCGGAAAUAUAUGGGAAAGUUAAUAAGAGUGUUAGAGUU